UCCAUUUCUGUAAAUUUCAGGUGCAAGAGGAAGCAGUGGUACACUCCAUAUUAGGGAGCUGCACAGAGGCGCCUCUGAUCAAGAAUCUUCUCGUCACAUUUCUUCAAAUGCACACUUGAAGAUCAGCACAGCAACAGUUGAGCUGCAACUCGACAGCACUGCACUAGUCACUAUGAACGAUCGACCCACAGAGCGACCUCCGGAGCAGAGCAAGCCAUGUGCACUUGCAUGCACCUCGAAAGCUAGUCUGAAAUGCCAUAUGUUUGCACACUGUCACAAUGAGUCUGAAAAGUGUCCCACUACUCCCCGAAUGGAUGUUCAGAUGGGAGAGAUGGGCUCAGAGUGCAACAUCUGUGUCUCUGCAUUCUCGUGGUCUGCAAGUGAGAACCAUGAGUCGAAGUAUACUGCAGAAGCAUACUGCAGAAGCACAUUACAGUGCCAUGAGCGGACACACAAAAAUGUGAAGCCAUACAGGUACGUUGUCUGCCCUGCGGAGUUCAGCCAAAGCGGGCAACUGCGGCAUCACAAGAGGACGCACACAGAAGAGAAGCCAUACAAGUGCGAUAUCUGCCCUGCCGAGUUCAGCCGGAGUGGGCAACUACAGGAUCACAAGCGGACACACACAGGAGAGAGGCCAUACAAGUGUGUUGUCUGCUCUGCGGAGUUCAGCCGAAGCGAAUAUCUACAACAUCACAAGUGGACACACAUCAGCGACAAACCAUACAAGUGCGAUGUCUGCCCUGCUGAGUUCAUCCGGAGUGGGCACCUACAGGAUCACAAGCGGACACACACAGGCGAGAGACCAUAUAAGUGUGACCUCUGUUCUGCAGAGUUCGGACAUAGCACAACCCUGUCACGUCACAAGCAAACGCACACAGGUGAGAAGCCAUACAAGUGCGAUCUUUGUCCUGCAGGGUUCAGACAGAGCAGAACCCUGUUACGUCACAAGCUCACACACACAGGCGAGAAGCCAUACAAGUGCAAUGUCUGCCCUGCGGAGUUCAACGAGAGCGGGUACCUACGGCGUCACAAGCGGACACACACAGGCGAGAAGCCACACAAGUGCGAUGUCUGCCCUGCGAAGUUCAGCCGGAGCGAAUAUCUACAGCGUCACAAGCGCACGCAUACGGGUGAGAAGCCAUACAAGUGUGAUGUCUGUCCUGCGGAGUUCAGCCAGAGAGGGCACCUACAGGAUCACAGGCGGACUCACACAGGCGAGAAGCCAUACAAGUGCGAUCUCUGUCCUGCAGUGUUUGGACAGAGCAGAACCUUGUCACGUCACAGGUACAGACACACAGGCUUGAAGCCAUACAAGUGCAACGUCUGCCCUGCGGAAUUCAGCGAGAAGAGGUACCUACAGCGUCACGAGCGUUCACACACGGGCGAGAAGCCAUACAAGUGUGAUGUCUGCCUUGCGGACUUCGGUCAGAGAGGGCACCUACGGCGUCACAAGCGAACACACACGGUGUCAUCUCCAGCACAAACUUGAGGUGUGAUACAAGUGCAGUCUCUGUCCUGUUGAAUUCUGGCACAGCAUGGACCUGGGCAUCACAAAUGAACACCCACAGGCGAGAAGUCAUAGAGGACAAUUCCCUGUUCUACAGACCUGGGGCACAGCACAAACCUGCAGUGCAACGAGGAAACUUGCACAGGUGUAAAGUCGUACGAAUGCAACUUCUGUACUGCAGAGUUCAUGUACAGCACAAAGUUAGCAUGUAGCCAGUACACAUUUGGGAUAACGACCGUACAAGUGCAGAGGGCACAUACACGUACAUGUACACGUGAAAGAGGCCGUCCAAGUGUCAAUUCUGUUCUGUUGCACGUCCUACACCCAGAGACCUGAUGAAGUGGUUAAGGCCCUUCAUUUUCUGUGAUUCCACGAUUCUGCAAAAAU